CCGCCUGCUCUGCUCCACAACACGGGAACACGAUGGCAGCUGCACAACCRCAGGACGACCUGCUGAAGAUGACCCACAGAGAAACCUGGAAGAUGCAGCACGAGCGUCUGCACGUGAAGCACCGGGGUCAUGAGGCCAUGCACGCAGAGAUGGUCCUGAUCCUCAUCGCCACGCUGCUGGUGGCUCAGAUCGUCCUGGUCCAGUGGAAGCAGAGGCACCACCGCUCCUACAACCUGGUCACUCUGGUCCAGAUGUGGGUGGUUCCUCUUUACUUCACCAUCAGGCUGUACUGGUGGAGGUUCCUCUCCAUGUGGGGGAUGUUCUCCGUCGUCACCAGCUACGUGAUCUUCAGGGCCACGCGCAGACCGCUGUCCUGCAGGACGCCCAGGAUGGUCUACAAGUGGUUCCUGCUGAUCUACAAGCUGAGCUACGCUGUGGGAGUUCUGGGCUACCUGGCCAUCAUGUUCACCAUGUUCGGCUUCAACGUGUUCUUCAGAAUCAAGGCGGAGGACUCCAUGGACGUGGGCGUGAUCAUGCUSUUUUACGGGCUUUACUACGGCGUGAUGGGCAGAGACUUUGCAGAAAUCUGCUCGGACUACAUGGCUUCAACCAUCGGGUACUAUAACAGGGGAGGGAUGCCCAGCAGGAGCCUGACGGGGGACAUCUGUGCCGUGUGCGGUCAGAGGAUCCUGGUGGAGGUGGAGGAGGAGGGUUUUAUAGAAGACACCUACCAGCUCUCCUGUGGCCARAUAUUCCARGAGUUCUGCAUCCGCGGCUGGUGCAUCGUGGGUAAGAAGCAGACGUGUCCGUACUGCAACGAGAAGGUGGACUUGAAGAGGAUGAUGAACAACCC